AUGGCUCAAGGAGUGCUGAGCUCGGAUAUUUCCACAAGAAAUCCUCAGGAUGAAUACGAGCUCAUACAAAGAAUUGGAAGUGGGACUUAUGGUGAUGUAUACAAAGCUAAAAGAAUAUCUACAAAUGAUUUAGCAGCAAUAAAAGUUAUUAAAUUGGAACCAGGCGAUGACUUUGGAAUUAUUCAACAGGAAAUACUCAUGAUGAAAGACUGUAGACAUCCAAAUAUCAUUGCAUAUUAUGGUAGCUACUUACGAAGAGAUAAAUUAUGGAUUUGUAUGGAAUAUUGUGGAGGAGGAUCACUGCAAGAUAUAUAUCAUAUUACUGGACCAUUAACAGAGCAACAAAUAGCCUAUAUGUGUAGAGAAACACUUUUGGGUUUGUCGUAUUUGCAUAGUAUGGGGAAAAUGCAUAGAGACAUAAAAGGUGCAAAUAUUUUAUUAACUGAAAUAGGUGAUGUUAAAUUAGCAGAUUUUGGAGUUUCUGCACAAAUUACUGCUACAAUUAAUAAGCGGAAAUCAUUUAUUGGUACUCCUUACUGGAUGGCUCCAGAGGUUGCAGCUGUUGAAAGGAAAGGUGGUUACAAUCAAUUAUGUGAUAUUUGGGCUAUAGGAAUUACUGCAAUAGAAUUGGCAGAACUACAACCCCCUAUGUUUGACUUACAUCCAAUGAGAGCUUUGUUUUUAAUGUCAAAAAGUGGUUUUAAACCACCGACUCUUAAAGACAAAGAUAAAUGGAGUACUGUUUUCCAUAAUUUUGUGAAAACUGCACUCACAAAAAACCCAAAAAAGCGGCCCACUGCUGAAAAAUUGUUGCAGCAUCAGUUCUUUCAAGGAGAAAUGAGCAGAAGACUAGCGAUUGAAUUGCUGCAAAAGGCAAACAAUCCAUCGCACAUGUUUACGGACAUGGAAGCAGACGAAGACGGGUCAGUACCAAAUGUUCCUCAACGUAUCGCAUCACGAUUGACAUCACGCCCUAAGCAUCGUAAUUUAGCACAUGUAUCAAACCCAAUUGAUAGCAUAGACGAAGUCAACAACACAUUGCAACGACCAGGACCCUCGCAAAACUCGAAAGAAAGUGCCAAUAAGGACGUAAUGGAUAUAAUGGACAUAAUGAAUAACGUAACAACAGUACACACUUGUGCUGAACACAAGAAUAAAAAGUGUGGUAUGGGCAAUGCUUUCGACUCCCUGAACAGAGAAAAUUCUGAAAGAAGAAGAAUGACCGGAUCGCAAAUUUUAAACAUGUCGUUAAGGAGUCUAUUGCAGUACAUAGAUGAAGAGCUUAUGUUGAGGGGAACGUACAAAUUUCGUCAAAUGGACUCCUACGAACAACAGGCAACUUUACCAGUUCAAGACACCGAAACAAAUGUUCACGUGAAAUGUGAAGUUCAUACCAUUCCUUCUAGUCCAACUAGUGACAACAACACAUUCAACGGUUCUCCAAGACGACAUUCUUCAGUCGAUGAGUUGUAUGGUUUGGUCAAUUCGAUGAAUGUCAAUGGCCAAAGGCAACGCUCCCUUAGUGAUAGUGGUAGAAAUGAGAGGACCGUGAAUGGUACAGAGACUGAAAUAAAUCACGAAGGAAGCGCUCCUGAUUUAGUAGUUUGUCCUCCAGUUCCACCAACAAGAAAACAUAGAAGAAGACAUACCCCACCCCGCCCCCCUAGCAAUGGUUUACCUCCCACACCAAAAGUUCACAUGGGAGCAUGUUUUUCAAAGGUGUUUAAUGGCUGUCCCCUUCGCAUAUACUGCACUGCAUCCUGGAUUCAUCCUGAUACUCGCGAUCAACACAUUCUAAUAGGGGCGGAGGAAGGGAUUUACAAUUUAAAUUUGAACGAGUUACACGAGACGUGUAUUGACCAAUUAUACCCAAGAAGGACCAUUUGGAUGUAUGUCAUCAAAGAUGUACUCAUGACAUUAUCAGGGAAAACCCCACAUUUGUACAGACACGACCUGUUGGCGAUGCAAAGUAAACAAUCUCACAGGUUCAGUAUUCAUAUGAACCGGAUACCAGAAAAGCUUGUGCCGCGCAAAUUCGCUCUGACGACGCGCGUACCGGACACGCGCGGCACGCUCAAAUGCUGCGUGUCACGGAAUCCGUAUAACGGUUACAAAUAUCUUUGCGGCGCCACCUCGUCUGGCAUCUACCUCAUGCAAUGGUAUGACCCACUGAAUAAAUUCAUGUUGCUAAAGCAUGUAGAAUGCACUUUACCGAAUCCACUAAACGUUUUUGAAAUGAUAAUAACCCCAGAGCUGGAGUAUCCGGUGGUUUGCGUAUCUGUAAAGCAAGCAUAUCAACCUAACAGAUUCAAAUUGGAUUUGAUCAAUAUGAAUUCAGGUGCGAGUUGGUUCCAUUCGGACGAAUUGCAAGACAUGGAUGGUACGACUACUGUUAUACCAAAACGCGAAAAUUUAAACAUUGUCCAUGUGUCCCAACUAGAAAAAGAUUCAAUUCUCAUUUGUUACGACAACGUAGUCAAAAUUGUUACGCCGCAGGGUAAAGUGAAAAUUAGCAAAAAACAAGUGUUAGAAUUAAAAUUCGAAUUUCGAAUAAUGAGUGUUGUUUGUCUGCCGGAUAGUGUUCUGGCAUUCCAUAAGCAUGGCAUGCAGGGCCGGUCUUUUAAAAAUGGUGAUAUUACUCAAGAGAUUACAGAUCUUUCGAGAACUUACAAAUUAUUGGGGAGUGACAAAGUUGUAGUGUUAGAAAGUAAUCUUCUUCAUUCCGGAACGUUGACAGGGGAGGAGGGGCAUGAUCUUUACAUAUUAGCCGGUCACGAAGCGAGUUAUUAGGUUUACUAAAUUAAAUACAUACUUUAGGUGGAAUUGAUUUUUUUUCUUCUUAAGACGGUGGUUUUUAACAAUUCGGUAUAACUUCUUAUAAGCCACCCUAGUAAAAAAAUAAUAAUAACUAAUAACAAAAUUAAUUUUUAAAAUAUUGAGCAGUAUUUAUUUUAGAUACGGUAUAUAUAAUAUUAGUAUAUACGUGUAAAUCCAAGCUCAGUAACAAAAUCAAAAAUAAUAAACCUCUUCUGCUUAUCUUAGGCUGCUUAGGAAAAACUGAUUUAAUUUAUUCUAGAACCAACAUAUUAUGCAAAUGAUUAAAUAGACAUAUAUCAAAUCAAUACAGAAAUCAAAGUUCAUCCACCAAAAUACAUUAAGACAAAGGGGGUAAGAGUAAUAGAUAAAACAAAAAUCAAAUGUGAGUCUUACAGUAGUUGCCAGUGAUGCGUACCAUCUAACAAAGGUAGCGUAAUGGCAAUGUAUCGUGCUGUUCAAGACCAAGACUUAUUUCUCUUUUUCCUCUCUCUAUUCAAGCGUCAACUGUAGACAGCAUCGAUUGAAUAGAACGCGUUUCUUCUUUUGUACUUUUGGUUAAGCGUUUUGGUGCAUUCGCGAAAUUACUGGAAUAUUUCCACACACAUGUACCAAAAGUAUUAAUGAGCGAAGGGUUGAUUUUUGAAUCAUUAUAUCUAUGUACUACUUUAGUACCUUCUGGCAGAAGAAUGGAGUGGUACUAAGAGUCCACUCUGGGUAUCAUUAAUGCUAGUUAUGCCACUGUACACAGCACCGUGAAUUAAAUUUAUAAUGCAAUGUAAAUCUCUGAAAUAUUUUUAUUGAACAAUUUUUCUGUGCAAGGUGACCACAGUCUAUUUACUGGGAAAAAGAUUAUCACAAAAUUUUAAUGUGGACAGUAUACUGUCAAAUUUGGUGGAAUAAUAAUAAAGUAAUAGAUUUAGUAAUUCGCUCUGUGUACCUUGAAACUUGAAUUAGGUAGUUGUAAAAUAGAAAUUAUUUUGCACUAAAACUUUAUUAGAUGUAGGUAAUAACAAAGAAAAAUUAAAAUAUAUUUAAUUAUUUACGCAAAACACCAUUUUAAAUUUGCACAUUUGACAUACAUAUAACUUUUGAUAGGGACUGCUCUUUAAGUAUAAAAAUGCGGCAGACAGAAUUCUAUUUUUGAAUAGCUCUAAUAAAUAAUUGUUCGGUGUUUUAGUCUCUCGAAAUUGAUAAAAUUAAAAGGUAAACGUCGAUUUUAUCUCGAUAUUAGGUAGAUAAUAACCAAUAACUAUAAUAAAAUUACUUCAAUUUUAUGUUUUAAAUCUUAAUGGUAUCCACGGUUAAAAUUAAUUUAAAAAAUGCAUUACUCUUGAGGGCAAACUAAAAAGUAUUUUAUAUUUAACCUAGCAUAUAGUACUUUUCUUUUAUCGUAUUUUUUGUUCUAAAUUGCUAAAUCAAUAAUAGAUCAGUAAGUAAAAUAGAACAACAAACUUUAAACACACACAUUUUUAUGAGAUGAAUUCUGUUUUUCAUGUUUUUUUUAAGUGAUAGUUAAUGAAAGAAAAAAGACUUUGUUUUUUGCAUGAAAAGCUAUUACGUAAAGUUUUGAAUAAUUAACAUUUUGAUUUCUGUAUUUGAUACUGUUUAUAGGACAGCAUUCUUGGCUGUGUUUAAUCUAUAGCUUUUACUUUAUCAUUGUAAAUAUUGUACAUUAAAUUAACAUAAAGAUUACCUACCAAAAAACCUAUUUAUUGCCUAGAUUUUUUUAAUUCAAACGUAUCAAAUAUAGUUCAUAAUUUGUAUAUAAUUAUUAUUAUAUGAAAGGCGUUUAUUUGUAUUUUUUUAUUUGUUUUGUACAGGCUUAUUAUAAAAUCGGAAGUUUCCUUGAUAAAAAAGUAUUUCAGUUCUUUGUUACAUGUUAUUAAGAGAAUCAUAAACU